ACUGUGUGGAGUGUGCAAGCUCAAUACAGGCACAGUGGAGAUCGAGACAGCUAGCAAGCAACAAGCAAGCUGAAAUGGAGCGCUACUCUUGCUGCCGUUGGGUGCUUGCGUGUUCUAUCCUUGCCCUGUGCCUCGGUGGGCAGGGCGCGAGGUGCCAGCUGACGUCGGAUUUCUACGACAGCACCUGCCCUCAGCUGUACUACGUCGUGCAGCAGCACGUGUUCGACGCCAUGAGAGAGGAGAUGAGGAUGGGCGCCUCCCUCCUCAGGCUGCAUUUCCACGACUGCUUUGUCAAUGGGUGUGACGCUUCGAUCCUUUUGGACGGCGACGACGGCGAGAAGUUUGCGCUGCCCAACCUCAACUCCGUCAGAGGGUACGAGGUCAUCGACGCCAUAAAGGCUGACCUCGAGAGCGCGUGCCCCGAGGUGGUGUCGUGCGCGGACGUCGUAGCCCUCGCGGCCAGCUACGGAGUACUCUUCAGCGGAGGGCCUUAUUACGAUGUUCUUCUCGGGAGGUUGGACGGGCGGGUGGCCAAUCAGUCCGGAGCCGACAACGGUUUGCCGUCGCCGUUCGAACCCGUCGACUCGAUCAUCCAGAAGUUCGCCGCCGUCGGCCUCAACACGACCGACGUCGUGGUCUUAUCAGGAGCCCACACCAUCGGGCGAGCCCGGUGCGCGCUGUUCAGCAACCGGCUGUCCAACUUCUCGGCCACGGAUUCAGCGGACCCGACGCUGGAGGCCAGCCUCGCCGACAGCCUCCAGAGCCUCUGCGCGGGCGGCAACGGCGACGGCAACGAGACCGCCGCGCUCGACGUCAGCUCCCCCUACGUGUUCGACAACGACUACUACAAGAACCUGCUGACGGAGCGGGGCCUCCUGUCCUCCGACCUGGGCCUCUUCUCCAGCCCCGAAGGCGUCGCCGCCAGCACCAAGGAUCUGGUGGAGGCCUACAGCAGCGACGGCGACCAGUUCUUCUACGAUUUCGUCUGGUCCAUGAUCAGGAUGGGGAACAUCCCGCUCGCCGCCGGCUCCGACGGGGAGGUCCGCAAGAACUGCAGAGUAGUCAACUAAAUAGCAUGUGGCGAUCAGCAAAUUUCGAUCGCCGUUCACUGUUAUUUAUUUAUUGUGUGUGUGUGUGAGGGGUACUUGAACUGUUAAGAGUCACCUAUAUAUGUAAUGAAAGGUUUAUGGGCGCAACGUUGAGCAGCUACAUGCUUACGAAGAUGAGGAAUAAGAAUUGUACACUGCCAAAUUGGUCCCACAAUAAGAACUACUAUGAGAUCAAGCCA